UGAAGUUUACUUACAUUGUCGUGUAUACUGGGAAACGGAGAAAAUGAACGCCUCUUUGAAAAGUGUAUUCAUCUGCUUCAGCGUGACCGUUCUCUUGUGUCUUUUCAACGAAUGUACAUCCACUGAAACGAAUUCGCAAUGUGAAAACGUAAGACGCUUCGUAGAAUGUCUGAAUAGAACUAAAAGUGAUAUUCAUAAUGAAACUGCCAAUCUCGAAUUCGAUUUGUCGUCAAUGCAACAUGCAGCAAAUAUGAAUACCGCUGAUUUCGUGCGAGAAUGCAAGCGAAACAAUGUUUGCAUAGUGAAAACACACUUGUGUUACCUUGGUGAGCAACUGAGAGAUGAGUGGAGACAUUGUUUCAGUGAAGAGGAAAUUCGAGUGCUACAGAUUGCCUACAGUCAUAUGAAUAACUUGAGAAACACACCAAAUCAAUUCAAUCUGGAGAAUUUCGUCAGUUUGGCUUGAUUCCGGUGUCGCCGAGUUAUCCAGCGUUAAAUUCUGCAUAUAUCCUCGAUUUCUCUCUGUGAAUGCCUUCCAUUCACUGACAUUGCAUGUAGAAUACGCUCUGACAUUCUUUUCACAGACAUCAGUCUGUUUCACACCUGUGGAGAAGAUUCAUUCUCUUUGAUUUUAUGCAUAACUCUAUUCUGAUGAUAUAAUCCAAUAACAAACACUCAUGCCCCUAUAUAUUUUAACAUUUCUCCGACUUAUUUCAGCACACACUCAUUUUGUUACCUGUCAUUGCACUGAAGUAUGUUUUUUCACUUUCGUUUCUCUACACUGAAAUAUACUCAGAGUUGUGAUAUCGUCUUCCAUCCAGAUAUCAACUCUUCAUAAUAAUUUGUGUUAUUUUCGUCACCAGGGUAGUAGAAGUGUCCUUCAAUGCCGUUCGCCU